GAGGGUUUUGGAGCGGGGGCUGCGGCUGGAGCUGUGAGAUGGCUGCCAAGGUGUUCGAGAGCAUCGGGAAGCUCGGCCUGGGCUUGGCGGUGGCCGGUGGAGUUGUCAACUCCGCUCUUUACAACGUGGACGCAGGGCACAGAGCUGUGAUCUUUGACCGCUUCAGAGGGGUGCAGGACGUGGUGGUGGGAGAAGGGACCCAUUUCCUGAUCCCCUGGGUGCAGAAACCCAUCAUCUUCGACUGCCGCUCGCGGCCCCGCAACGUCCCCGUCAUCACCGGCAGCAAAGACCUGCAGAACGUCAACAUCACUCUGCGGAUCCUGUUCCGGCCCGUGACGGCGCAGCUGCCGCGCAUCUUCACCAGCAUCGGCGAGGACUACGACGAGCGUGUGCUGCCCUCCAUCACCACCGAGAUCCUCAAGUCCGUGGUGGCGCGCUUUGACGCGGGUGAGCUGAUCACGCAGCGGGAGUUGGUGUCCAGGCAGGUCAGCGAGGACCUGACCGAGCGAGCGGCCACCUUCGGGCUCAUCCUGGACGACGUGUCCCUGACCCACCUGACCUUCGGCAAGGAGUUCACAGAGGCCGUGGAGAUGAAGCAGGUGGCACAGCAGGAGGCAGAGCGGGCCAGGUUCAUCGUGGAGAAGGCGGAGCAGCAGAAGAAGGCGGCUGUGAUCUCGGCAGAGGGCGACUCCAAGGCUGCCGAGCUCAUCGCCAACUCGCUGGCCACGGCUGGGGACGGGCUGAUCGAGCUGCGCAAGCUGGAGGCGGCCGAGGACAUCGCGUACCAGCUGAGCCGCUCCCGCAACAUCACCUACCUGCCCUCGGGCCAGUCCGUGCUGCUGCAGCUGCCCCAGUGAGCCCCAGAGACCCCCAGAG